CACCCGCUGGUCAACAUCUUCUAGUCUUCACAAUCAACAAAGAAGCAAAGGAGAUGGAUCGCAACGCCAUGGUUAUUAUCACAGCUUCUAGCAAACUAGUACAUGUGUUUAGUUUAUCACCAAGACAAGGAUCAUUCGGUCUGCACAACUUGCCGGUCAGUGGUACAAGUCUUGAAAGUUUGUGCCCACAAGUUCCCACCUGUACCGCUACCAACUCCAAGUACCGCACAGCUGAUGGAUCUUGCAACAACCUCGCUAAGCCAUCCUGGGGCAUGAGCAACACACCCAACCAGAGGAUCUUACCACCAACUUAUGAAGAUGGAGUGUUUGAGCCAAGAGCCACAGCAGCUGAUGGUUCUCCUCUUCCCGGUGUGCGUCACAUAAGCAGUAAUGUUUUAUUAGACGUGAACAAGCCAGACGAGAUCCACACCUCGUCCCUCAUGGUGUGGGCACAGUUUAUUGACCACGAACUUGCUCAUGUUCCUUUCCCUACUAUGGAUAAUGGAGAAGGAAUUCAAUGCUGCCCUAACGGAACACUGGCACCCGCGGCCCUGCGUCAUCCUAGAUGUAUGCCCAUUGAUCUUACUGGUGACGCCUUCUAUGGUCCCCAAGGCAGAACCUGCAUGAACUUUGUCAGGAGUAUGGUCGCCGUGGGCGCUGGAUCAGAAUGUGUCUUUGGUUAUGCCGAGCAGCUGAACCAAAUAACACACUGGAUAGACGGGUCUGUCAUUUACGGCUCCACUGCUGACCAGAUGCACAACUUAAGAGCAUUAAGGAACGGACUCAUGAAAACCUCUGGUAACAACCUUCUACCCAUUAAUAGCGACCAGAGCAGAAAUUGCGCGGCUCGGAUACGUGGAGCUCUGUGUUUCAUGGCAGGUGACUCACGAGUGAACGAGCAGCCUGGCUUGACCGCCAUUCACACCCUGUGGUUGAGACAACACAACCGUGUAGCAGAAGAACUUCAGAAACUGAACCCCCAGUGGUCGGACGAAGCUGUCUUCCAGGAGGCCCGCAGGAUCAUCGUUGCCCAGGAACAACACAUUUUUUUUCAACGAGUGGCUCCCCAUCAUCAUAGUUUCAUGUUAUCAGUGUACCACAAACAAGCCGCGAGAAGAAAUAAGUAUGAAUUAUUCGUCUUACUUUCGGGAAAGGACUUUAUGAGAACCUACGGUCUAAGUACACUUAGAUCAGGCUUCAGCAACGACUACAACCCCAGCAUCAAUCCUAACAUGAACAAUGAAUUCUCCGCAGCAGCCUUCAGGUUUGGACACAGCAUGGUGCAAGGAACUAUCCGAUUGUUUACUCGGGAUGGCGGUGUUGACACCGUCAGGCUCCGCGAUCACUUUAACUCUCCUCAUCUUAUAUGAGUUAGAGAAUCGACUGGACGACCUUGUUCGAA